CUCACACACUCCUGAAGCCGAAGCUCGGCGCGGACACGGAGCAGCCCGGGGCUGGUGCGCCUGGAGCCCGAGCCCAGUCCACCUGAGCCGGAGACGGAGCCCGAGCCCCGCCUGGAGCCGGCUCAUGGACAGCGGAGCCGGGAGCCGGCGCUGCCUCAAGGCGGCCCUCCCGACCCCGCUGCCUGCCAGGAUGGGGCCCCCACGGUCUAGCCUUGGCUCCUGGUGGAGGCUGUUGCUACCCCCCAUGCUGCUGGCCCUACUACUUGCACCCUCCCCAGGAGCCGCCACGAGGGUGGUGUACAAAGUGCAGGAGGAACAGCCACCCAACACACUCAUUGGCAGCCUGGCUGCCGACUAUGGCUUCCCUGAUGUGGGACACCUGUAUAAGCUAGAAGUGGGUGCCCCAUACCUUCGAGUAGAUGGCAAGACAGGCGACAUCUUCACUACAGAGACCUCCAUUGACCGUGAAGGACUUCGUGAGUGCCAAAACCAGUUGCCCGGGGAGCCCUGCAUCCUGGAAUUUGAGGUGUCAAUCACGGACUUGGUUCAGAAUGGCAGCCCCCGACUCUUGGAGGGCCAGAUUGAAGUGCAAGACAUCAAUGACAACACGCCCAACUUUGCCUCCCCAGUCAUCACGCUGAUGAUUCCAGAAAACACUAACGUAGGCUCCCUCUUUCCCAUCCCUUUGGCCUCUGACCGAGAUGCUGGCCCCAAUGGUGUUGCCUCCUACGAGCUACAGGCAGGACCUGAGGCCCAGGAGCUCUUUGGACUUCAAGUAGCUGAGGACCAAGAGGAGAAGCAGCCACAGCUCAUUGUCAUGGGCCACCUGGACCGAGAGCGCUGGGAUUCUUAUGACCUGACUAUCAAGGUACAAGAUGGGGGAAGCCCACCCCGGGCCAGCAGCGCCCUGCUCCGAGUGACUGUUCUGGAUACCAAUGACAAUGCACCCAAGUUUGAGCAGCCCUCUUAUGAGGCAGAACUGUCUGAGAACAGCCCUGUGGGUCAUUCUGUCAUCCAGGUGAAGGCCAACGAUUCUGACCAGGGUGUGAAUGCAGAAAUAGACUAUACAUUCCACCAGGCUCCUGAGGUCGUGCGGCGGCUGCUUCGGCUGGACCGAGCCACGGGGUUGAUCACAGUUCAAGGCCCCAUAGACCGUGAGGAUGUGAGUGUUCUUCGUUUCUUUGUGUUAGCCAAGGAUCGAGGGGCUAACCCCAAAAGUGCCCGUGCUCAAGUGGUGGUGACGGUGAAGGACAUGAACGACAACGCACCCUCCAUUGAGAUUCGGGGCAUUGGGUUAGUCACUCACCAGGAUGGCAUGGCUAACAUAUCGGAAGACGUGGCAGAGGAGACAGCAGUGGCCCUGGUGCAGGUGUCAGAUCGUGAUGAAGGAGAGAAUGCAGUAGUCAUGUGCGUAGUGGCAGGAGAUGUCCCAUUCCAGCUGCGCCAGGCCAGUGAGACUGGAAGUGACAGCAAAAAGAAGUACUUCCUUCAGACCACCACGCCACUUGACUAUGAAAAGGUUAAGGACUAUACGAUCCAGAUUGUGGCUGUGGACUCUGGCAACCCUCCACUUUCCAGCACCAACUCCCUCAAGGUGCAGGUGAUUGAUGUAAAUGACAAUGCUCCUGUUUUUACCCAGAGCCUCACUGAGGUUGCCUUCCCUGAGAAUAAUAAGCCUGGAGACCUAGUCACUGAGGUCAGUGCCAGUGAUGCUGAUUCUGGUUCCAAUGCCCAGCUGGUCUACUCCUUGGAGCCCGAGCCAGCUGCCAAGGGCCUUUUUACUAUCUCACCUGAGACUGGUGAGAUCUGGGUGAAGACAUCACUUGAUCGAGAACAAAGGGAUAGCUAUGAGCUGAAGGUGGUGGCAGCCGACCAGGGCAACCCCAGCCUUCAGGGCACAGCCACGGUCCUCAUCAAUGUGCUGGAUUGUAAUGACAAUGACCCCAAGUUCAUGUUGAGUGGCUACAACUUCUCUGUGAUGGAGAACAUGCCAGCCCUGAGCCCUGUAGGCAUGGUGACUGUCAUUGAUGGGGACAAGGGUGAAAAUGCCCGUGUGCAGCUCACAGUUGAACAAGACAAUGGUGACUUUGUCAUCCAGAAUGGCACUGGUACCAUCCUCUCCAGUCUGAGCUUUGAUAGAGAGCAGCAAAGCACAUAUACUUUCCAACUAAAGGCUGUGGAUGGGGGUGUACCACCCCGCUCAGCCUAUGUUGGAGUCACUAUCAAUGUGCUAGAUGAAAAUGACAAUGCACCUUUUGUCACUGCCCCCUCCAAUACAUCCCACAGGCUGCUGACUCCUCAGACCCGGCCUGGUGAGACAGUUAGCCAGGUCACAGCUGAGGACAUUGACUCAGGCAUCAAUGCUGAGCUGGCCUACAUCAUUGCGGGCGGCAACCCCUACGGGCUGUUCCAGAUUGGGCAACAGUCUGGCGCCAUCACUCUGGAGAAGGAAAUUGAACGUCGUCAUCACGGGCUCCACCGACUGGUGGUGAAGGUCAGUGACCGUGGGAAGCCUUCUCGCCAUGGCACUGCAUUGGUCCAUCUCUAUGUCAAUGAUACUCUAGCGAACCGUACCUUGUUGGAGAACCUGCUUGGCCACAGUCUGGACACACCACUGGACAUUGACAUAGCUGGUGACCCAGAGUAUGAGCGCUCUAAGCAGCGUGGCAACAUCUUGUUUGGUGUGGUGGCCGGUGUGGUGGCUGUGGCCUUGCUCAUUGCCUUGGCUGUGCUUGUGCGUUAUUGCCGCCAGCGAGAGGCCAAGAGUGGCUAUCAAGCUGGCAAAAAAGAGACCAAGGAUCUGUAUGCUCCCAAGCCAGGUGGCAAAGGCACCAAAGGUCCCAAAAGCAAGGGCAGAAAGAGCAAAUCACCCAAACCUGUAAAGCCUGUGGAGGAUGAGGAUGAUACUGGACUUCAGAAAUCCCUGAAAUUCAACCUGAUGAGUGAUGCCCCUGGUGAUAGUCCCCGAAUCCACCUGCCCCUCAACUACCCACCAGGCAGCCCGGAUUUGGGACGUCACUAUCGUUCCAACUCACCACUGCCCUCCAUCCAACUACAGCCACAAUCUCCUUCGGCCUCCAAGAAGCACCAGGUGGUGCAAGAUCUGCCUCCUGCCAACACAUUUGUGGGCACUGGGGACACCACGUCCACGGGCUCGGAGCAGUAUUCGGACUACAGCUAUCGCACCAACCCCCCCAAAUACCCCAGCAAGCAGUUACCUCACCGCCGUGUCACCUUUUCGGCGACUAGCCAGGCCCAGGAGCUGCAGGACCCAUCCCAGCAUAGUUACUAUGACAGUGGGCUAGAGGAAUCUGAGACACCAUCCAGCAAGUCAUCCUCUGGCCCCCGGCUUGGGCCCCUGGCACUGCCCGAGGACCACUAUGAACGUACCACCCCUGAUGGCAGCAUAGGAGAGAUGGAGCAUCCUGAAAAUGACCUUCGACCCUUGCCCGAUGUAGCCAUGACGGGCACAUGCACACGGGAGUGCAGUGAGUUUGGCCAUUCGGACACAUGCUGGAUGCCUGGCCAGUCCUCCCCAAGCCGACGGUCCAAGAACAGCGCCCUCAAACUCUCCACCUUCGUGCCUUACCAGGACCGAGCCGGGCAGGAGCCCGCAGGCGCCGGCAGCCCUAGCCCCCCGGAAGAACGCAACACCAAAAUGGCCCCUGUCCGCCUCCUGCCCUCGUACAGUGCCUUCUCCAACAGCAGCCAUGAUUCCUGCAAGGACUCUACCUUGGAGGAGAUCCCUCUCACCCAGACCUCGGACUUCCCGCCGGCGGCCACCCCCUCUGCCCAGACGGCCAAGCGAGAAAUCUACCUGUGAGCCCCAAGUGAGCCCCAACCCACCUCCAGCCCCAGCUGGCUGGCCUACCCCUCACCUGCCAAGGGGGUACCCAGGUAUCCCUGUCCCCACCAAUCGGUCCCUUGGGUGAGCCAAUCCCAGGGUCCCUAAUUUCCUAUAUGUCAUCUCUCUUCCAUCCCUGGCCCCUGGGAGUAGACUCCAGUCACCCCCAUACAGGUCCAGUCCCCUGCCCUGGGAAACACAUUGCCCCACAUGGGGACCAGGCCUUGGAUCCUCCAUGUUCAGCACCUCUCCUUGUGCCCAGCUCCCCCAGCCUGCCCACCUUAGGGAGCAGAAGCCACUGCAGAGCUGGAGUCCUGGGUGGGUCCCCUUCCAAGGACUAUAUUCCCUCCCCCACACUUCCAGGGGACUACCCCAUCCUUCCAGGGGGGAGGGAAGGGAAGCCAAGGGCCAUACACACUUAACUAAUCCAUUAUCUCCUUGGUCACUGGAGGGCUGGGGAAAGGUCAGGGCAUCACCCUCAGACCUCUGAUAUCAGGGUAGGGGGCACCCCCUCUGGAGAUUUCCACAAGGGGGACACU